CACGAGUCCGCGGACUUGUCCCAACCGUCGGGGCCAGAAAUAGCUCCGGGCACCCGCCAGUGAUAACUAGUGUUAGUAAUAGCUUGCUCACAGUGGACUGUGGCCAUGAGAUCGACCUGCGUUCUGGAAUCUUGAUCCCCAAUACACGAAGUAGCACCAGGCUGCCACUUGGAUUUGUUGUGCCUUUCUCUCACUCAAGCGUACAUCUCAGAUAAUAUUCGUAACAGUCAAGAGAUUGUACAACGAAGGAGAUGCCCUCAGGCAUGCGAACCUACCCUCUUCGGCGACCAGAGGGUCAUCAGCCACCAGUUCCGCGAUGGCAACUUACCCUCGGCAAAGACGUACAGAAAGUCUUCACAGCAUACGUCGGCGUACAACCUCAUCGCAGCGCCAUUGAUAACUCAACAGCAGUCAAACAGGCAACCGAUGCUAUCGAAGCAUGGCUCAGCACAGACAGGGAGGAUAGGCCCCUGUCAACCGAGAGCUUCAAUCAUUUGGAGGGGGAUGAUGCCCCGAACGCACAUAUCUGGGUUUUAUAUUGGGAUGAUCCUGUCAAAGGAGAAAAGAGCUUGCAGAAACUUGACUUGACGUCUAUUUACGCCAACCUCGCGCCAGAAUAUCGAAUGCUGGUUGGUUUAUGGAGGGAGAGCUUCACGACGCCUAUCUCCCGGCUUGAAACAAAUUACUCUGGACUUGACUACCUCCCUGGCCUAGCUAGGCUUCCAGACACUGGUACGGAAGAGCAUCAGCUGUCAGCAUACUGGGGAGCGGCAAGGGAUCGAGUUCCGGCAUCAGCUCAUGAUCUUUUCGAAAAAGACGAGCUCGCUGACAUAACAAGACCAGAGGAUGUUCCUGAUGGACUAGGGCAGCACUUGACUGGAACGAAUUACCACAACAUGGUCCAUAUCCGGUCGGGUCAGUUUUGGGAAAAUUGUUGUUCCGAAGAGGCAAAGUCGUACGAGACGGAGCUGGAACCAACCUUGAAAGCGGGCUUGGGCUACCUGUGGGAGAAUCGUGAAAAGGGUGGUGCCAUGGGAUUGCGAUUCUUGGGUAACAGAAACACCGAUGGCCACACCAAGAAGGAGACUUGCGGUGCUGGGUUCUUCACGGACCUGAGUUCUUUGGAAGAGUGGUCCAAAAAGCAUCGCUCUCAUCUAGCCAUUUACAUCGGCGCCAUCAAACACGCGAAGACUUGGGGAGAAUCAAGAAAGUUUCGGACCUGGCACGAGGUCUCGGUGCUCAAGAGGGGAGAAGCAACAUUCGAGUACCUGAACUGCUUGCCUGUGACUGGGGUAAUGAAAUUUGUCUCUUUGGAUAUUGUUUCGGGGAUCAAGUAGGACUACUGUUUUCUUACAUUACCGUUUAUAGUCGAGAGACGAAAUGCUUGGGCGAGCGUUUUCAGGUUGAUACUUCGCUCGCGUAGAGAUCAACGCGAAAAAAAGUAGUGAUUGAAAAUGAGAAAGUCGC